AUGGAUUCAUUUUUUUUACGGUAUCUUGUUUGGAAUAACAAAAUUGCCGCUUUUGCUCAAAAUUAUGCUAAUCAACGCAAGGAUUGUAAAGUGACCCUUUUCGACAGUGGUGGCCGUUACAGCGAGAAUAUUGCAGUAAGCCCUGGUAAUAUGAGUGGCAUGGAAGCAGUGAACUUGUGGGUGGCUGAAAAUCCCCACUAUAACUUCUAUAUGAACAGGUGUGAAGGUGGUGAAUGUAGUCAUUAUACCCAAGUGGUUUGGUCAAGAUCACUACGUGUUGGAUGUGCUAAAGUGAAGUGUGAUAAUGGAGGGACAUUCAUUAGUUGCAAUUAUUAUCCUGCUGGCAACAUUCCAGGAGAAACUCCAUUUCCAUGA